UUCACCUUGGUCGAGCAGUUCCUGCCGGCGGAUGCGAAGAAAGCGGCGCACAUCGAAGAGAAGCCGAAGGCCGAUCUCGGCGUGCCUGAGCCGAAGCCCGUUGCUGCGCCAUUGGCGCCAGUGCCGGCGGCAGAAACCGCUCCAACCCCGACGCCUGCUCCGGCUGCGACGCCAGCACCUGCCGCAGAACCGGCCCCAGCGCCUGCCGAAGUUGCCCCGGUCAGUUCUGAACCUGUUGCCCCACCUGCGGAGUCCGCGCCGAUCACCCCGGCACCCGUCGCAGCACCUGCACCUGCGCCGACACCGGAAGUGAUCACC